GGGCACUGCAGCACCGUGGCCCUCUGGCCGUGCGUGCGUCCGGGCAGCGGCCCCGCUCGAGGGGGCGCUGUGGGUCCCGCCGUGCGUCCUUUUGUCAACGCGCACGGCCACGAGAGCUCGCAUUUCCUCGCAGUGUCGUGCGGGAAAUGUAUUUCCUCCUGGUGGUGGGGCGGUGAGGCGCGAGCGAGCGGGAAGGACGCCUAUUGUCGCCGAGGAGUCGCCUCCGUGGUCUCCGGCGCCCGGUGACGCGGAGACGUGCCCGCGCGGGUGGGAACUGCAGGCGGCUCUGCCCAGGGGCGCCGGGGCUGUUCGGGGAUGGGGAGCAAACAGCGCUCCGCAGACUAGCCGGGUGCGUGUAGGAGGAGGCAGACCCCUAAGAGAAACAACAACAAGAGGACGCAACCACCCACCUCCCCAGCACCCCGCACCCCGCAGUGGAAGAGCAGGGAUGGAUAAGAUGCCGUGCAGCAGUUUCCGCCUGGAUGCUGAGUGCCUGUAGUGUGGUCUUUGUUCCCGAGUGUGGAGCCAGGCGUGCAGGCCAAACGCCAAGAAGAGGGAGGCAAGGACAAGGCUGGCCCAGCCUCCUGGCGUUCAGGAGUGCCCUGGAAAAGCCUCCAGGAAAAUGAGUGAAGAGUCGGCCCCCGAGGCUGCCUCCGAGGCUGCCUCCCCACCACCUGCACAGGGCCAGCAGUACUUCGACCGCUUCUCCUCCGAGGAGGACCCCGAGUACCUGCGCCUUCGCCACCGUGCAGCUGACCUGCGGCAGGACUUCAACCUGAUGGAGCAGAAGAAGCGCGUCACCAUGAUCCUGCAGAGCCCGUCUUUCAGGGAGGAGCUGGAAGGCCUCAUCCAGGAGCAGAUGAAGAAAGGGAACAAUUCCUCCAACAUCUGGGCCCUGCGGCAGAUUGCGGACUUCAUGGCCAGCACCUCCCAUGCGGUCUUCCCAACAUCCUCCAUGAACUUCUCCAUGAUGACACCCAUCAAUGACCUCCACACAGCCGACUCCUUGAACCUGGCCAAAGGGGAGCGGCUCAUGCGGUGCAAGAUCAGCAGCGUCUACCGCCUGCUGGACCUCUAUGGCUGGGCUCAACUCAGCGACACCUAUGUCACGCUGAGAGUCAGCAAGGAGCAGGACCACUUCCUGAUUAGUCCCAAGGGGGUGUCCUGCAGUGAAGUGACUGCGUCCAGCCUGAUCAAGGUGAACAUCUUGGGGGAGGUUGUGGAGAAGGGCAGCAGCUGCUUCCCAGUGGACACCACAGGCUUCUGCCUACACUCGGCCAUCUACGCAGCCCGGCCCGACGUGCGCUGCAUCAUCCACCUGCACACGCCCGCCACGGCCGCGGUGUCAGCCAUGAAGUGGGGUCUCUUGCCCGUCUCCCACAAUGCCCUGCUGGUGGGGGACAUGGCCUACUAUGACUUCAAUGGGGAGAUGGAGCAGGAAGCAGAUCGGAUCAACCUGCAGAAGUGCCUUGGACCCACCUGCAAGAUCCUGGUGCUAAGAAACCACGGCAUGGUUGCUCUGGGCGACACUGUGGAGGAGGCGUUUUAUAAAGCCUUCCACCUGCAGGCAGCCUGUGAGGUGCAGGUGUCCGCUUUAUCCAGCGCUGGGGGAGUGGAGAACCUCAUCCUCCUGGAGCAGGAGAAACACCGCCCGCAUGAAGUGGGUUCUGUCCAGUGGGCAGGGAGCACCUUUGGACCCAUGCAGAAGAGCCGGCUGGGGGAGCAUGAGUUUGAGGCUCUCAUGAGGAUGCUGGACAACCUGGGCUACAGGACGGGCUACACGUACCGCUACCCCUUUGUUCAAGAGAAAGCCAAACACAAGAGUGAGGUGGAGAUCCCCGCCACGGUCACGGCCUUCGUGUUCGAGGAGGACGGCGCGCCCGUGCCCAUGCUGCGGCAGCACGCGCAGAAGCAGCAGAAGGAGAAGACCCGCUGGCUCAACACGCCCAACACCUACCUGCGGGUCAACGUGGCAGACGAGGUGCAGAGGAGCAUGGGCAGCCCACGGCCCAAGACCACGUGGAUGAAGGCAGACGAGGUGGAGAAAUCCAGCAGCGGCAUGCCCAUACGGAUUGAAAACCCAAACCAAUUUGUGCCUCUCUAUACUGACCCCCAGGAAGUGCUGGACAUGCGGAACAAGAUCCGAGAACAGAACCGCCAGGACGUGAAGUCAGCGGGGCCUCAGUCCCAGCUCCUGGCGAGCGUCAUCGCCGAGAAGAGCCCGUCUACAGAGAGCCAGCUGGUGGCCAAGGGUGACGCAGAUACCAAAGACGAUUCCGAGGAGACGGUUCCCAACCCUUUCAGCCAACUCACUGACCAGGAGCUGGAGGAGUACAAGAAAGAGGUGGAGAGAAAGAAACUGGAACUAGAAGGAGAGAAAGAAACCGCCCCGGCAGAGCCUGCCUCCCCUGUAAAAUCUGCGCCUGCUUCUCCAGCCCAGAGCCCAGUGAAACCAGACACAGAGAGCCCCGUGGUGUCUCCGGCCAAGUCUGUAGAGGAAGGUGCUAAGAAGACAGAAACAAGCCAAGCCACCACAGAGCCCCCAACAACGCAGCCCAAAGGGGUGGUGGUGAAUGGGAGAGAGGAGGAGCAGACGGCCGAGGAAGUUCUCAGCAAAGGCUUGAGCCAGAUGACCACCAAUGCCGACACGGAUGUUGAUGCUUCCAAGGACAAAACCGAGUCGGUCACCAGCGGCCCCCUGUCUCCAGAGGGCUCACCUUCCAAGUCUCCCUCGAAGAAGAAAAAGAAAUUCCGAACCCCAUCCUUCCUGAAAAAGAGCAAAAAGAAGGAGAAAGUGGAGUCCUGAUUCGUAGCACUGUGGGGCUCCCGUUUAUAAGCAUCCUCCUCCCCCUCCCCCAUCCCUCCCUUCUCUCAUCUGUUCCUGGAAGCACGGGGCCAAGGAGGGGGUAGAACAGGACCCUGGACCACAACCUUGGGGGGGAAACGUUAGGGAUCACUCAUCCAACCCCUCAUUUUACAAUCAUCCCAGAGAAAUCAGGUGACUUCCCAAGGUUACACUGCUGGUUGGUGGUAGAGCUUGUGCUGGAAUCUGGGUCUCCCAGCUCCCAGUCCAGCACUUUCCACUACACAACACUGCCGAGUGGGGAUGCUGCCUGCUGUUUCUGAGCCUGGCAGGCAGGCCAGAGGAAGGGAGCCAGCUCUCAGAGGUCAGAGAGGCCAGACGGAUGGUGGCUUCCCUCUGAGCACUGGCCUUUUCCCCACGGGAAUCCAAUCUCCUGCCGAUGGAGCCAUUACAACAUUUCCAGGUCUCUUCUCUUUUCCAGAGUCCCAACCCUGCUGCUCAUAGGAACCAGAAAAAUUGACCCUUUCCCUGCCAAUCGAAGUUAAUCUUUAUGCCUGAGGGCUGAUGGCUUAGCUUGUGCUUCCUCAACCACUAACCCUGAGCUUUCUUCAUGGAACCUCGCGAAUGAACGAUGAAGGAGUUGGCAGACAGAGGGCAAGCCCAGCCAGUCAUAGGGUUGGGGAUUGUUUCCCCAGUAGAAGGAGCCAGAAACUCACCCCAGUGGAAGUGUGCAUCUCAGUUUCCUUCAAAGAACAGCUUAGAAAGAAAGUGAGCUUAGAAAGAAGGGGCCGCGUGC